AUCUGUCACUACCGUCAAAUUUAUUUAAAUAAUUUAAAAUCACUUUUCUUCACAAAUGUAAACCACAUAAUUUCACGUCCAUUCCAUCCAGGAUCUGCACACAAUUCCUGCAAUUGCGAUUUCAAUGACUGUCACCUUAUAAAGACGGAAUAUGGAAUCUGAACGUAUAUUAGUGGCUGCCGGUUUAACUGCCGCCGCAGUAGUGGGUGCUUUCGUCUUUUGGGGGCCCUCUACAGGUUCAAGCAGUGGCAGGGGUAGAUUAGCAGGUCUAGUCAAUUUGGGAAAGACCUGCUUUCUGAAUGCUGUCUUGCAUGCAUUAGCAGCUUGCCCACACUUCUUACAGUGGUUGGACAAAGAUACUUACAUUAAAGAGACUAGUUUAAGAAGCACACUGUCAACAGUCCUAUCUGUUGUUAAUGGUACAAAUAAGUCUGUCCAAGACACAUAUGCACCUGCAGCAGUUAUAAAUGCAUUAAAAAGACUAGGCUGGGUAAUACCAGCUGGUGAACAAGAUGCCCAUGAACUGCUGAAUGUGAUUCUGGCAACCUUAGAUGAAGAAAGUCAAAAAAUAGGCAGAAAAGCUGGUUGUUUGUCUGAUGCUUUGGGUAUGAAUGAAUUAAAUACUGAAAUUUAUGAUGAGGAACCACAGGAGUACAAUUCUUUGGGCAGUGUCAUGUCACUAAACGAAAUAUGCAGGCCUACCAGUUUGACCUGGCGGGGCGGCGCUAUAAGAAGAAACAGAUGGAUUUCUAGAUCAUGUAGGGCUUUGCAAAUGUCCGGUCCACCACCACAACCUGCAUCGAAUCCUUUUACGGGUACUCUAACCAGUCAAUUAAGAUGCACAGAGUGCGGAUUUCGGUCAUCAGUGCGUUACGAUAAAUUUGAGAGCCUUUCGCUGGCAUUACCGGCGGGAGCGGGCGAUUUGGGUUGGGGACGGCACAAGUUGCAUCAGCUUCUCACCAAUUUCGUGACGCCCGAAGUGGUCAUGGACGUGCAAUGCGAGGGUUGCAACAAGGGCAGAGACCCUCUUCUCUCGCCUAUCCUCGCCAAACAAGUGAAAAUACUCAAUUUCGGAAAGUUGCCGGUUUGCUUGUGCAUACACAUUUCUAGGAAUACAUGGUUGACAGGUGGCAUGACCAAACGGCAGGAUUAUGUACAAUUUCCGAUGCGGCUGUCCAUGACAGCCUACACUUUUAUUCAAGUACAUUACCAAAGACGACUACCAAAUGCUAAUUAUACAAGUACUAGCGAGGGUGGCAGUCCCUUGACUAGUAACACGCCGAUGAGCUGGACGGGAAGCAGUCUCACCGAAAUGGCAAAUGAAUUCCGUAACGUGUACCAACUGGCCGCCGUCGUCGUUCAUUCCGGCGACGCGCAUUCCGGUCACUUUGUGACUUAUAGACGGGGUCAUCAAAAUAGCCGGUGGUAUUACACGUCGGACGUGGAGAUUAGGGAGGUAACAGUUGACGAAGUGUUGCAGAGCACAGCGUAUAUGCUGUUUUACGAGAAGACAUCGACCAUGAGCCACGCAUUUUAAAACAGAAAGUGACAAAUAAAGCGGGCCCGCUGUGACUAUUUAUUUCGCGUUUUUUAGUUCCUAUAUAUUAUUUUGCUUAUAAUGAAUAGUAAUGUUAUUCUUUAAGAGCAAUCGGAAAUUUUUGUUUUAAUUUGUACUAUGUACGAACAUGCAUAUUGUGUCCAAAUGGUACAAGUUUAUUAUUUAUUUCCUUUUGGAUCAGUGAUUUUCCAAUGUGUGCAUUUAAAGUUUUUACCUCAUCUCACUGUAAUAAUUUCCAUAGCAACUGGAACAUAGUUGUAUCUUCAUUACUCAAUAGAUUAUUAUUAUCUCUAUAAAAAAAGUUCAAUUUUUGUGUUUAAAUCGUAGUUAUUUAGUGAUUUAGGUGUUUCCGCGAAAUCAAUAUUAAAAUUAGAUAUUUAUAGUUUUGGAAAAAACCUUUUUUUAAUUGUUCCAAUUGCUCAUUUCUUUCCAUAUGUUUAACGUUUUAUUGACUCAUUCCAUUCAUAUAGUAUAUAUCCAAUCUCUGUUGUGUAAUGUGUGUGUAAUUUCUAUAUAGGGUUUGCUACAGAACCCUAAUAACUAAACUAUUCCUUGUUUUUGUUAUUCACUUUAAAAUUUUAUUGAAGAAUCGAAUUAUUUUGUAAACAAAUUAAUCUUUAACUGCUGUAUAUUUGUAUAAAUAUAUAUUUGAACUAAA